GACGCUCAGGUGCUGCAACACACCACGCGUGGCGAUAAGGACUCAAGCUUUCUCUUGAUCGGCCUGCUCUUAAAAGGAGGGAUUAUGUCCUCCUGCGAUGUCGGCGGUAUCCCGCCUUCAUCUACUCGGCUUCAGGGUCAUAUUGACAGAUGACUACUGCGGAGAUGGCUUCCAAAGAGCUGAAUGAGAAAUCGUUCAAAUCCCCGCAAGUCAGCGCGGACGUCGAGGUGCAACAAGGCGGCUUCGAAGAAAUACAACCGGAAUUUGACCUUUCUGAACAAGAGAAGGAGCCAAAUGAGUUUGACUAUGAAUCAGAGCAUUCGCCAUUCCCUGAAGUACGCGCCGUCGUCCCUGAGACGGACGACCCAGGCCUGCCCGUUAAUACAUUCCGCAUGUGGGUGCUUGGGUUUAUUUUCACCAUCGUUGGAUCGGGGAUCAAUCAGUUCUUCUCGCUUCGGUACCCGUCGGUUCAUAUCGUGUCGUUGGUAGCAGAGCUACUUGCCUAUCCAUGCGGCGUCUUCCUGGCCAAAGUCUUGCCUUUGUGGACUAUAAGCCUCGGACGUCUAGGAUCGUUCACCCUCAACCCAGAUCGCCAUUUCAACAUCAAAGAACAUGCUCUCAUCGUCAUCAUGAGCAACGUAUCUUUCGGCUAUGGAAGCGCAGAUUCCACCAAUAUCAUCCAGGCAUCGAGCGCCAGGUUCUACAAUUUCGGUCUCUCAGCUGGCUUCUCUGUCCUCGUGGUUCUCUGCGCACAGCUGCUGGGAUUUGGAGUGGCCGGUCUGGCUGCACCAUGGUUAGUUGAACCAGCAAGGAUCAUCUGGCCCCAGGUCCUUUCGAACUGUGCCAUGCUGGAGACGCUUCAUUCGCGUGCAAACACUGUCGCCAAUGGCUGGAAGAUUUCCCGUCUGCGGUUCUUCCUCUACGUCACCGCAGGCGGUUUCGUAUGGUAUUUUUUCCCAGGGCUGAUGUUCACUGCCCUUUCCUACUUCACAUGGAUCUGUUGGAUCGCUCCUCGCAAUGUGGUUGUGAACCAGUUAUUCGGAAUGCAGACGGGCCUAGGACUAAGUCCUAUCACAUUCGAUUGGAGCCAGGUUGCCUACAACACGAACCCCCUUCUAUCACCAUCCUGGGCGGCCAUCAACGUGUUCGCCGGUUUUGCCCUGUUCUUCUGGAUCGUCGUUCCAGGAAUCUACUACUCCAACACAUGGUUCACAGCCUAUCUCCCCCUGAUGACCGCCGACGUCUACGACCGCACCGGUACAGUCUACGACACAGCCCGUGUCAUCAGCGCCGACAACACCCUAGACGUCGACGCCUACCGACAAUACUCACCCCCAUACCUCCCCGCAACAUACGCAUUCGUCUACGGCCUAUCCUUCGCCUCCAUCACCGCCGUCCUCACCCACAUCGGCGUCUGGCACGGCAAAGAAGUCUGGGCCGCCCUGAAAGGCAAAAACAAGCUCGACAUCCACGCCCGUCUCAUGCGAUCCUACAAAAAGACCCCCUGGUACUGGUACGCCGCCAUCAUCGCCAUCAUCACCGCCAUCGCCAUCGUCAUGGUCGAAGUCUAUCACACCAAGCUCCCCGUCUACGGCGUCUUCCUCGGCCUCAUCAUCCCCGCCAUCUACAUGAUCCCCUGCGGCAUCAUCCAAGGCAUCACCAACGUCGACGCCAACCAACUCAACGUCCUCGCCGAAUUCAUCGGCGGCUACAUGUUCGAAGGCAAGCCCCUCGCCAACAUGAUCUUCAAAAUCCUCAGCACCGACGUCGUCGGCCAAGGCGUCUACUUCGCCAUGGACAUGAAACUAGGCCACUACCUCAAAAUUCCCCCUCGCACCCUCUUCAUGGCCCAAGGCCUCGCCACCAUCCUCGGCGCCCUCACUCAAGCAGGCGUCACCAUCUGGAUGCUCGGCCACAUCCAAGACAUCUGCUCCUCCGACCAAUCCGACGGCUUCACCUGUCCCAACGGCCGAACCGUCUACUCCUCCUCCGUCAUCUGGGGCCUCGUCGGCCCCCGUCGUCUCUACUCCGUCGGCCGCAUCUAUUCCUCCCUCCUCCACUUCUUCUGGCUCGGCGCCAUCGCGCCCCUUAUCACCUACCUCCUCUACAAAUACACCCGCAACCAAUACUGGAAAUACAUCAACUGGCCCCUCAUCUUCGUUGGAACUUACAACGUCCCUCCCGCCACGGGGAUCAAUUACUCCAGCUGGGCCCUUGUGAACUUCGCUUUCAACCACUUCAUCAAGAAGCGCUUCUUCGCCUGGUGGAAGAAGUACAACUAUAUUCUGGCUGCUGCGCUCGAUACCGGGCUUGCUCUUAGUGGUAUCGUCAUCUUCUUUUGUAUUUCCUAUCCCGGCGCGGUGUUUCCCGAUUGGUGGGGCAAUACGGUUUAUGUUAAUACUGCGGAUGGGGAGGGCGUGGCGUAUAAGUCUAUGCCGGAGGUUGGGUAUUUCGGGCCCGCGAAUGGGACCUGGAGUUGAUGAGGGUGGUGGUUGUUUGGUUGUUAUGAUUGGGGUUUAUAGUUGGUGGGUGGGUUUUUGUAUGUUAUUAAAAGAAUUGAAACUAUUAACUGUUGUGUGAU